AUGAACAACUUGAACCUUCCCAUAUCCAAAGACAUCUACAUUUCCCUCAUCAAAGAAUGCAUUGCAACCGGAGACCUUAAUAGAGCCAUGGAACUAGAUUCCCAUCUCAACCAAAGUGGUAUUCGCCACCAUUUGCCAUUGCUUAACCACCUCUUGAUUAUGUAUUUGUCUUGUGGUUUUAUAGAAAAUGCCCACCAAUUGUUUGAUAGAAUGCCCAUUAAGGAUUUGAACUCUUGGGCUGCAAUGAUUUUCGCUUAUGUGGAUGAGGAAAAGUUUGAAGAAACUAUAUGUUUGUUCAUAAAAAUGCAACACAAAUACCAAUACCAUUGUAAUGAAGAAAUUCUCAAAUUUCUGGUUUCAUGGAUGGUGUGCGGAUUGGUUGACAUGUAUGGGAAAUUUGGGCUUGUGAGAGAUGCUAGAAGGAUGUUUGAGAUGAAUGGUGUAAAGAAAAAUGCUGCAUGUUGGAAUGCAAUGCUUAACACUUACAUACAACAUGGAUGUUGCAUUGAGGCUGUUAAGUGGCUGGUGGUUCUUAUAUUUUCUAUGGAACUAUGGAAGCAUCCUGACAUAGCAAUUCCACAAUUGGCUAUACUUGGGAUGGAUAUUGAUACUUGUUUUUGUGUCCUUUCUGUUACUGGAUUGGGAUCUUUUGUGAAUCUUGCUGGUGGUGAGGAAUUGUGUGUGAUGCCUCCUUCUAUUCCUUCUGUUCCUUCGAUUGCUCAAACCUCUUCGGUUCUUGAAAUUCUUUUUGAUUACUCGUUUCCUGUCAAUUACUCAAGUUCCUUCUUUGGUUCGAAUUCCUUCGAAUCCUCCUUCUAUGAAUAA